AAUCAGCUGCUUGGCAGGAAGGGCGGUGGCGCGGCCCCCACCUCCCCCGGCCUGCUCACUGUACCGUGCUUGGCUCAGUCUCAGCCCCAGGGCCCCACUGCCAGGAUCCUGUUUGGAGACACUGGCUGCCAGUUCCAGCCCCUUCCUGUUCCCGCAGGCCCACAGAAGGGCAGCUCCGAGCAAGGGGAGCCGCAGGGCAUGGAUCUGGGGGUUGGGUGCGAAUCCAGGUGUCGAGCUCCCAGUGCCUAGCUCUACCCCCCAGAACCCCUCUGGCUCCAGCGUUUGGUGUCCUGCUUCCCAUGCUUUGGUGCAACCUGCACCGGCUGGAGGAGCUGCACGACGACCAGCUGGAGCCUGGCUUCUGUGAGCAGGCGGCCCACUUCUGCACACACAUCUGAGGCACAGCUCAGACCAAGGCUUUGCCAGGCGGCCACCUUCUAACAGGAAAGCAUGAGUGCCCUGGGGACAGUGGCGGGUCUGUGCCCAGUGCUGGGUGAGUGGGUUGAGAGGCCCUGGAAACCCUGGGGGGUUCAGGGUGGCAUCAUGAGCAGACCAGGUUGAGCGCAUGCAGCCCAGGGAAGAAGGGAAGCAGCACCAGAGCGGAGCAGAUUCUCCCAGGACAGCUCUUCUGUGUGGCUGCAACUGUCCCGGGGCAAAGGGGUAACUCCAGGAUGUCUCUGCCAACUUGGGUGCACACAUGUGGAGGGCAGAGGCCCUGGUACCAGCCCCGCAUCCAUCCUGGAGGGGGUCCGGGAACCCGCCUCUGAGCCGUGCUGUCCUCAGUGCUGGGGGACCUGGUAGUGACCUACGUAGACACUAUCCACAGCGGAGCAAUACCCCACUUGGAAAGCGCCGUGCUGGCCCUGGCGCAGGUGGAGAAUUCAGCAGUGGUGGAAGAGGCCCUGGCCUGGUGCAUGGCGGUGCUGAGGCCACGGUCAGCACUGCCCACAGAGGCACUGCUGGAGCUGCUGGCGCUGCAUGCAGAGGCCAAGUGUGAGGCCUUGCAGGUGUUCAUGGCACACACCUUCUGUGACAAGGUCCACCUCAAGGUCCUGUGCGGGGCAGCCCGAGUUUGGGUUGCAUCCUGGGUGGGGGUGGGAGUGCAGCUCCACCAGCUCCAACCUACUGUGUCCCUGCAGGACCCGCUGGACAUGGAGCUGAGUGCAUCGCCAAUAAGCAGGAGUCCUGGGACCGGUGCCAGGCUGCGCUGCAGGAGCUGUCCAGGGACCUGGAUGCCCACAUCCACAGCAGCACGUAUGCAGUGUCCUGUGGCUACCUGGAUGAGUGCCAGCAGGUCAUGGGGCAGUACUGGAAGAUACCAAGCAAGGGGCUCAUGGCGGUGAGCGUCCUGAAGAAGUUCCUGCAGUCCCAGGAUGCCGUGGCCAACACCAUCCUGCAGGCGGAUCAUAGCCUCAGCGAGCGCGACAAGGAGCUUUCAAGUGAAACCGCACCUGGCACCCCCGCCCCACCCGCUCCACACCCCAGCCUGGCCCUGACACAGCACCCGGUGCCCCCCAGAGCAGCGGGCACGGGCGGAGGCAGCGGAGUGCGAGGCGGCAGCGUAGCGGGCAGCACAGGAGGUGGCCAAGCAGAGCGGCAGGAGGCUGAGCACAGCCAUGAGGAGCACAUGCGGCAUCUGAAGGCUCAGCUCGAGGCCGAGCACCAGCAGCUGCUGGACGAGCACUGGCAGGUGCUGGACCACAAGCUGCGGCAGCAGUUGCUGAUGCAGCAGGGCUUCCAGCACCAGGUCGAGCUGCUGCAGAACAAGAUCCGGGGCCUGCGGAGACAGAGCGGGGCUGUGCUGCUGUCGGGAUCCCGCUGCCCUGCUGCAAUAAAGAAUGCUCUGCAGAUGCCCCAGGCCAAGUUCAUGCACUUCUUCCUGGCCUUCGUGUGGGCCGUGCGGGACUUCACACUGCAGUUGCAGCUGGACGGGCGGGACAUCACGGCAGACGAGUACCUGGAGCACGUGCUGAGGCUGAGGCUGAGGCCAGGUGGGUGCCAGGGGAGGCUGCACCGGGGUGAAGGUAUCCUCCCAAGGAAGGGCAGUAGCACGCCCUGCACCUUGUGCCUCCUGGCUGCCUUCCAGCCCCCUCUGACCUGCCUGCCCUGA